AUGAGACAGCUGUUUCUUCCUGGUCAUCCUAAAAGUGUCCCCAUGGAGAUCGGCCUGACACUCAUGGCCAAUAUGGGCCCCAGAGUUCCCCAGAUCAUAAAACUGCUAGACUGGGAGGACAACAAAGACCAUUACAUCAUGGUCAUGAAGCGGCCCAUGCCUUGCAUAGACUUGAAAAUUUUUGUGACGCUCCAUGGAGAAAGCCUCAACGAGGGGACGGCGCGAAAGCUCAUACGGCAGGUCAUUGAAGCGGCUAACGUUUGCAUCAAGCAUGAUGUCUUCCAUCGGGACAUCAAAAUGGAGAACCUGCUGGUGAACCAGGACACCAUGCAGGUCAAAUUGACUGACUUCAGGUGCGGUGCGCUAAUGAAGAAAUUUGCCUACGAAGUCUUCAGUGGCACAAAAGCGUACUGUCCACCAGAGGUCACCGUGAACGGCAGAUACCAUGCAAAGCCAAGGACUGUCUGGUCACUAGGGAUCCUCCUAUUCAUGAUGGUGUGCGAAUAUUAUCCCACAGACCACGACCUGGAUCUGAUCAGUAAGAAGAGCUGGACCAGACCUGGCCUCUCACAAGAAUGCUGCCAGAUGAUUUUUGCGUGUCUGCAGUCUGAUCCACAGCAGAGAAUCAAUCUGGAGAAGAUGCAUCUCCAUGACUGGUUUAAGGUCAUGGAGUAAGCCAUGAAGAACAGCUUCUGUCACGGCCACCCUGUUGUUUUCUGUCU